AUUUCUGUUGUUUUUUGACCCUUUCCAAAAAUCAAAUCUCAAAAGUCGUGGGUAAAAGGUUCCCUUCAUUUCUGGUUUGUUUGUUAAUCCGCUUUUAAUCUUGUACAUCAACGACAGCAACAUGCCUACUCGCUGCGAAAUUUUAUGUGAACUCUUGAUCGCGAUUUUGUUCCCUCCUGUCGGAGUUUGCUUCAGGCACGGUUGCUGCAGCGUUGAGUUCUGGAUUUGUGUGCUGUUAACUGUUCUGGGUUAUAUUCCUGGGAUUAUCUAUGCUCUCUACGCUAUUGUUUUUGUGGAUCGCGAUGAGUACUUCGACGAGUACAGGCGUCCACUUUAUUACUCUGCUUAGUUCUCUUCAAAUUUUCUCUCUUUUGAUGUAAAGUGAUGAUCCUUAAACUGUUAUCUUCUGUGUUUAUCUUAACUUUGGAUUUGUGUA